CGGCACGAACAAACAAACAAACAAACAAACAAACGAGAGAGAAGAAACCACCGCCAUGGCCGUUCCGGUUCCGCUUUCGCUUCCUUCCUCCCCGGCGGAACUCCCCGAUCCCUCCGCCCUGGGCGAGGCGGCGGGGGCCGGGAGCGAGCGGGGCUGCUCGGAGCUCCUCCUCUCGGUGCUCGAAUACGGAACGGUCGCCGGGAAGAGCCAUGGCAACAACAGCAAUGGCAGCAACAGCAACAGCAACAGCAACGGCGGGAAGGACCACUCCCUCCCCCCGCUGCAAGCCCGGACCGAGGAAACCGUCCGUUGGCUCGAGGCGGCGAUCGGCCCCGUUGCCUCGUCGUCUUCCUCGUCGCUCCGGGUGGUCGAAGACGCCCUGGUCGACUGCCUGUGGCUGUCCGGAUCGACGCUCACCUCCCUGGAGUGGACAAGCGGGGAAAGCAAAAGMAAUGGCAACAGCAAUGGCAAAAGAAACGCUCCUUCGACGCCCAACAAGGACACGAAUCCUUCCCCCCGGGCCGGUUCCGCUUCCAAGGCCGGUUCCCCCGGCUCCGAUCCGAGCUCCGGUGCCUUCCACCCCUCCGUCCGGGCCCUCCUGGACAUUGUGCGGAGCCUGCUGUCCUCGGGCAUGUUUUCCGGGCCGGACGGCGAAAACGAGAACGAGAACGAAAACGAGAACGAUUCCGAGACCAACGGGAGCUCCCGGCUGGCCCGCAGGCUCCAGGAAAACUGGUUCCCGGUCCUCCUGGAGGCGGUGGGGGCGAUCCGGCUGGCCGGGCCCGGCGGUUCCACCGGGAGUGCCGACGACCUCUCCAAGCGGCUGCGCCAGCACAACACGGCCGCCAACUACCGGCAGCAAAAGUACAACCUCCUGCAGGAGGAGUCCGAGGGCUACUCCAAGCUCCUCGGGCACCUCUGCGGAUCUCCCCGAGCGACAAGGGUGGGUGCAAGCGCUUCCGGAAAAAAAGAUGCUUCGGGAGACGACCUACGGGCUCUGUGGAAGCUGGUGGGAACCUUCGAGCUCGAUCCGAUCCGGGUCCUGGACCUGGCCCUCGACGUGCUGGAAUCCAGGAUCCGGUUGGCGACUUGCAGCAGCGCCAGCGCCCGGAGGGGCCCCCCUCCCACGACGAACGAGAUCCGGUGGCUCCUGGACGUCGUCAAGGAGUGUCCCACGGACCAGCUCCCGGCCCUGCUGCGGUUCAAGCUCGCCAACAGCCGCGACGGAGAAGGAGACGAGCCACGGCAGGCACAGGCACGGACGCAGACGCAGACGCCAACGAAACCCGGUGCGCACGCCAAUGCGCAGCCCAAGGGCCACGGGUGUUUGCUGGAAACCAUCGCCCUCCUGGUCAAGCAAGGCCUGCUGGACCUCGGGGCCUUCGUGGGGGACUUUUUCGACCGGGAAUCCCUGSUUUCGGACCUGGAGGCAGCCUACGGGGCAUUUCGAUCCAUGGAACACGACCGCGUCCUGGCGCUGGCGAGGGUCAGCCUCUCGGGCAAGAAGGAAAACCCCAGGCAGAAGGAGCUGGCAAGCAAGCUCGAAGCGGCGAUGGAACCCCUCGGGAGAAGGGGCCACAAGCAGGUCCUGUCCCUGUGGCUGGUCCUGCUGCGGUGGGGGGAGUGGGACCUGGUCCGGCCCCUCCUGCCCCCUUCCACCUGGACCAAGGUCUGCUGCGUCCUCCCGGAGACCUUUGGAGCGGCCCUGCUCGAGAACGUGGAGCAGACGACCCUCGCCUGGGCCUCCAGGGUCGGGGGGGCCUGCCUCGCUCCGGAGCUUUCGAGCAGCACUUCCACCAGCAACGGUGRCAGCAGCGAAAGCGGAAGAACCCARKCACAAAAGACGCCACCGGCGAUCCAAGACACGGACGCCGAAAGGGACGACUCCAAAGACCCCGACCGUCUCCUCCUCCGCUUUCUCCGAUCCGUUUCGGAUCCCUUGUCCUGCGUCACCCCGUCCGGGUGCAUCCGUUCCAGGCCGGUCCUCUUCUGCUUGCUCUGCCGGCUCCUGCGCUCCCUCCUGGCCGGGCAGGGGGCCAGSMACGGAGMRGCGGGCCCGGAAGAAGUCCGGUCCUCGGUGCCGGGGGAGCUYUUUUCCUUCCUCGCGGACUUUUUGGUCCCCUCCCUCUCCCUCUUUCCCUCCAAUCCUUCGCUCUCCACCGAGCUGUGGUCUCUCCUGGAGCUCCUCCCCUACGACCUUCGCUACCGGCUCUACGAGCGCUGGAAGGCCCCCGGCCUGGAGCGGGCGGGACUCCGGGGAGGCAACAAGGCCCUCCCGGUGUCGGAGGCCGAGAUGGUGGCCGGCAGGGCCGCCCGGUACGCCCUCAAGCGCCUCUCGAGGGACAACCUCCGGGACAUGAGCCGGAACCUCGCCAAGGUGACCCACUCGAGCCCGCUGGUGGUCUUUGCGGCGAUCCUCGGACAGAUCGAGAGCUACGACAACAUGGUGGAGGUCGUGGUGGAGGCCCAGCGCUUUGUCAACCCGCUGGGCCUCGACGUCCUCGGGUACUGCGUCCUGGGACGCCUCAGCGGGACCUCGGGCGGGAUGGUCAACCGGAAUCCGCUGAAAGGUAGGAACAAGAGACACAAAAGCCGGCGCCCGCCGUGUGUGUGUGUUUUGCUGUUGUGUUGCUGUUGCAUUGUUGUUGCUGUUGCAUUGUUGUUGUGUUGCUGUUGCAUUGUUGUUGUGUUGCUGCUGUGUUGCAUUGUUGUUGCAAAUACGAAUACGAAUGCCAUUGCAAUCGUUGCACGGUGGCCGGGAAAGACGACCACCGGAACAUGGUUGGAUUGGUUCGUUUUUCCUUGAACCGCAACAAUCGAAUUGUAGCUGCAAAGUAGAGAUUGUUCACCAUUGUUUAUCGAACACAGUCGGCGCUGUUGUUGUUGUUGUUGUUGUUGUUGCUGCUGCUGCUGCUGCGGUUUCUGUCCUUGUCAUUAUUUCACGGAUCGGUUCGCGAUAGACGCAUGAUUGUUGAAGUUGCGAUUGAUGGAUGUUGUUUUCUUUUUCUAACCAUUCUUUGCACGCAUUUCGUUUUCAAAUGCUUCCUUUCCGGUUUGCUUUGUCAACCUGCACACUUGUGUACACACGCACGCGCAAACAAAAACACCAAACGAAUCAAACAGAGGAUGGUGUGAACGUAUCCCAGUGGUUGCAAUCCUUGGAGGCGUUUGCUGGGGAAUUCUACAAGGCGAGACCGUUUGUAGAAUUUCGUGGAAUCCUGUCGUACACGAUAGAACGACUAAGGGAAGGGGACGUCCUCAAACUGGGGAUGUUGCGUACGCUGCUGAAGGUUGUUGGGGGCUACGGCUUUGCUGAUUAUUCCCCCGCUGCCUCUCUGAACGAAACCCAGCUGGACGGAAGAUCCGGAUCGGUGACGCUCAAACGGGAAACCAUGUCCUUUGGCAUCGUAGAAAACACCAACCCGGUAGCCGCCAGCCACAUUCGCAGCGUCCUGCAAGCUGACGGUCUGGGUGUGUCCCUGCUCGUCCUCAUCGCACAGGCGCGUGAUCGCAUCGUCUUUGAUUCCGGAAAGGGGGCCUUCCGAGACGUGAAACUUAUUGGAAACCUGCACGAUACGUGCCAGGUGGUGAUGUCUAUUUUGUUGGAUUUUUUGACCGACCGUGAUGUCGGUACGGAAACAAACGGAAACAAAGGCGACGAGAGAAUAUUGGUGUACUCCAAGUUCUUGCCGUCGUUUCAAGAUCUUUUGCACAACUACGGCCUGGAUAUGGCAACGGCGUGGCUUUUGUGUCGCCCAUCGGUGAARGCAUUCUUGGAGGUGCGUCCGGAGGAGUUGGACGAAUCGUCGAGUCUGAAACGCUUCGAACUUUCGGAAAAAAUCCGAAAAUCUUACAAGGGCACCCUACCAGAAUCGGUAUGGUCGGUUCUGACUCCGGAUAUGUUUGAGUUCUUUUAUCUGAACGUACUUGGUGAUAUAGAGUGCCCCGAAGGUGUGUACACUUCGGAGGUCAACCGCAUCAACGAGGAACUAGAGCGCAUCCAAGGGCUCAAAGCUCCCGUUCCGAAGAGCGAGACAGGGAAGAUCGACCGUCUAAAAGCUGUAUCCAAACAAUUGGAUGCUGAUAUGAAAAAACAGAAAAAGCACGUUGGAUCCACAUUGAAGAAGUUGAGCGACGAAAAGAACAAUUUCUUCACUUCAGAAAUAAUCUCUCGAGAGGCCGCUAAAGUGUUCCUGAUGUAUUGCAUUUACCCAAGGGCAUUGCUCAGUCCAGACGACGCUAUGUUCGCUUCUGCAAUUGCAUUUCGACUCCACAAGAUCUGGACUCCCGGUUUUAGCGUGAUGCACUAUAUCGACGAACUCGUUUCGAUCGUUUCUGGCGCUUUGUUUGGUUUGACCGAGGCCGAAGCUGCGAACGUAUCCAUACUGAUUUGGCAGACCCUCAAAGUUGCGAAUCAAUGGAGGUUUGAGGACGGUAUGUACGACAGCGAAGUCCUUGGAAAGCCGGGAUCCUACAUGGAAAGCACCGUAGAAAGCGAAACAAGCACCAAUCCAGUUUCCCAUAAGGAGUUUAUCAAGCUGUACAACAAAUGGCAGUAUUCUCUCGCCGAUGCCCUGAUUGGGUGCCUCGAAUCUACAGAAUAUAUCCACAUGCGCACYGGACUCGUUGUUCUGUCCAGGCUCGUGAAAGUCUUUCCAACGGGCCCAACACUCGGCAACAAGCUUCUAAAAGUUCUCGAACCUCUUCAAGACGAGAGCAGUUCGCGUCCAGACAUUCGAGCAUCAGCGAACGCUUACGGGAUGAUGCUGUUGAAGGCACGAGACGAUGGGAAGUGGGUUGAGGAAAACGAGGCCGACGUCAAGGCCCGGGCAGAGAAGGAAAAGGAAGCCGCAAAGGAGAGAAAAAAGAAGAUCGAGCAGUCUUUCCAGGAAUUGGAACGAGACAAUCAGAAAAUCACCGAACAAAUCGGAACCGAUGAUCGUCGCGAUCGAGAUCGAGAUCGACCGCGGGGCAGUACCAGGGACCAAUAUAGUUCGAGACAAACAAGUGGUGGAGGAGGAAGAGACGACUAUUCGAGAACAGAAAACGGCAGAGAUCGUCGCAGUGAUGAUCGGCGAGGGGAUGAUCGUCGUUCCGGAGGUAGAGACGAAGACUGGAAAAAGAGAGAGAGAGAAGACGACAGCAACAAGAGAGACGAUCGGGGUAGAGGAGGAGGAAGAAGAAGCAGUGGAGGAGAUGAAGACAUAAGACGCGGUGGCACUAGGGAGGCCGGGGAGGGUCCUCGGGGACGAGAUAACAACGAAGCGAGGUGGAGACGCGAUCGCGACGCACCUCCCCAAAGGAACAAUAGCAAGCGGGGCCGGUCUUCUACUUCCCCUGAAAACGACCGCGACACAGAUCGGUCGGGUCCCAACCCGAAGAGAGCUCGCACGGACGACUACAACAGCAACAAUUAUCCGUCACGACGGUCUGGUCCUACACGCAGCAGAAGCCCGCCGCCGUCGAGAUCUACACGAACCUCACGAAGAGGAAACGAAAGAAGAUAAAAAGAAUGACACGAACUACACAAUUUGAAAAAUAUAGAAACCAAUAUGUU